CCACAUCAAUAUCCGAACCAAAUUCCCUCCAUCAUCAUCUUCUUCUCCCUCUCCCUCUUCCCUUUCUCUCUCCCGCUUUUUCCCACUUUCCAAACACAUAGAUCUCUCUUCCUUUUCCCUCCCAUUUCCUUCCAUCGCCGGCAGGUGGAUGUCGGGCACCCGAACUCCUCCCGCCACCGCCGCGCCGGACCAGAUCAUGCAGCAACGUCAACUCCCUUUCUCCUCCAUGAAACCUCCCUUUCUCGCCGCCGCUGAUUAUCACCGCUUCGCUCCUGACCACCGCCGGAAUCAAGACCUAGAAACUGAAGCUAUUGUUGUUAAAACUCCUCAAUUGAAGCGGAAGAGUGAAGCAGCUGAUUUUGAAGCUGAUUCAGGUGAUAGGAUGACUCCUGGGUCCACUGCAGCAGCCAAUAGUUCUGUUCAGACGCCUGUAUCUGGAAAGGCGGGGAAAGGAGGAAAAUCCUCUAGGAUGACAAAAUGCAACAGAUCUGGAACUCAAACCCCUGGCUCAAAUAUUGGUUCUCCUUCAGGAAAUAAUCUCACCCCUGCUGGUCCAUGUCGAUAUGACAGCUCAUUAGGUCUGUUGACAAAAAAGUUCAUCGCUUUAAUAAAACAAGCAGAGGAUGGUAUUCUUGAUCUAAAUAAUGCUGCUGACACAUUAGAGGUGCAAAAGAGGAGGAUAUAUGAUAUUACAAAUGUUCUUGAAGGAAUUGGCCUUAUAGAAAAAAAGCUCAAGAACAGAAUUCAGUGGAAGGGGCUGGAUGUUUCAAAACCAGGGGAGGCCGAUGAUAGUUUUGCUAGUUUACAGGCAGAAAUUGAAAAUUUAACAAUUGAGGAACGCCGGUUGGAUGAACAAAUAAGGGAGAUGCAAGAAAGACUACGGAAUCUCAGCGAAGAUGAAAAUAAUGAGAAGUUUCUUUUUGUCACUGAGGAAGAUAUAAAGAACUUGCCCUGCUUCCAGAAUGAAACCUUGAUAGCAAUUAAAGCUCCACAUGGUACCACUUUGGAAGUACCUGAUCCUGAUGAGGCUGUUGAUUAUCCCCAGAGAAGAUACAGGAUAGUCCUCAGAAGCACAAUGGGCCCAAUAGAUGUUUACCUUGUUAGUCAAUUUGAAGAGAAGUUUGAGGAGAUCAACGGUGUUGAUGUUGCAUCCAAAUUUCCACCCAGUCCAGAAGUUAACAAAGUUAACAAGGAUCAAUCAACCGUGGUCCCAGAAGAUAAAGGGAAGGAAAUAGAAGUGCAGAGACAAGAUGGUGAAGGGCCUAGUUCAGAUCUUAAUAACAAUCACGACUUCGUGAGUGGGAUCAUGAAGAUUGUUCCUUCAGAUGUUGCUAGUGAUGCUGAUUAUUGGCUUUUAUCUGAUGCCGAUGUUAGCAUAACCGACAUGUGGAGAACAGAACCUGGAGUUGAAUGGAAUGAACUCGAAGCACUUCAAGAAGAAUAUUGUAUGGCUCGUGAGCAAUCUACAACCCCAAAUCAUGCUUCAAAUAUUGGUGAAGUGCCUUCUGCAUCCAACCCUACUGUAGGAUGAAGCCUCAAAAGGAUUUAUUUUGAACCUGAAGAGAAAGUUGUGUUCUUUCUCCAACUGAGAACCUAUGACAUCCACCCAGACCUGCGAGGUUGGAUUGAAGGUUGCUAGAAGAUACUUUCUCAAUGUUUCAUCAAGAAGCUUGUCCUGGGGAACUGAAUGGCCAGUCAAAUGGCUAAUUGUACAGUUAGAAUUACAUAAUCCAAGUGACUUUGUACUUCUAGAGGAAAAAACAUGUGGCUUUUGCGAACCCAACUUUGUAUAUUGUAAUGGUGGGGCAUUCUAGACUACUUAGCGCGAUGUGUAUGUUUGAAAGGCAAUAAAAACACAUUUCAGAUUGCUAAUUGAAGUAGAAUUUUGCUCUCAGGCAGAGCACUGAUCAAAUAAAAAGUUUCAUGACAUUCUAUGGUCA